UUUCCCUAUUAAUAAUGUUGGUAUAGUCCCAUGUCAAAGUUGACGUGCAUCUCUUUCUUUGUUGCUUGCUAGCAAGUCAAAAGGGACAUUGAUAGAGUACAAUCGUUUUCAAGAAAAAUAAUAAACACAUUCAACCAUAUCUGUAAGAGGAUUCGGUCUACUCAACAGCUUCAAGCUCUGCAGGGGCAGUAGCCGGGCAUCACCCACCAUCACAGUCCUCACCCUCACUACACAGAGGGACCAAGACAGAGGGUCAUGGCUCAUAUGGUUGUCAGUCAUGAGCACAUGGCACUGCAAGAGCCCGCCAACAUAGCGAAAGCUCCAGCAAAAAAGCGAGGGAGAACGGCACAACCAAAGGAACCCAAGCCACCCAAAAUGCCCAAGGCCAAACCGGGACCCAAGGCCAAACCGGGACCCAAGCCCAAGAAAGGCAAGGAGGGCCAAGAGGCAGAUGGCACGCAGGAGAAAAUAGACAAGACCUUCAAGAAAGUCAAGAAGAAAAGGGACCGCUUCAAAGGCAUGACUGAGGAUGAGGUCAUGAGUAGAACUCUGACCGACAUCCUUGACUACAACCUGGACUAUGUUAUCAUUGGAAUCAACCCAGGUCUCGUGGCAGCCUAUGUUGGACGAUGGUUCCCUGGCCAUGGAAACCAUUUCUGGAAGUGCCUGUUCUUGUCCGGAUUCACUGAUGAGCAGCUUAACCACAUGAGCGACACCAGCCUGCCAGAGAAAUAUAAGAUCGGCUUCACCAACAUGGUGGCAAGGACAACGCCUGGAAGCAAGGACCUGUCAACCAAAGAGCUACGCGAGGGCGCCUUAAUUCUUGUUGAGAAGCUGAAAAAGUACAAGCCCCUCAUAGCUGUUUUCAAUGGAAAAUGUAUCUAUGAAAUGUUCUGCAGAGAGAUGUUUGGUAAAAAGCCCAAGAAGCUUGACUUUGGUCUGCAGCCACACAAGAUACCGGACUGUGAAGUGGCAUUGUAUCUGAUGCCCUCGUCGAGUGCCCGCUGCGCCCAGUUUCCCCGUGCCCAGGACAAAGUGCACUUCUACAUCAAGCUGAGGGAAUUGAGGGACCAGCUCAGGGGCGUGGCCCGAUCUGAGGAGAUUCAGGAGUUGGAGUACAGCUUUGACCUGGGACUGGCCAAAGAGGACGCUAAGAGGAUGGCGAUCAAGGAAGAGGCGUACGACCCAGGCUACGAGGCCGCCUUCGGCGGAGCAUAUGGAGAGGGCGGGCCCGGGCCUGGGCCUGAGGAGGGCCAGAGCAACGGUCACUAACUUCUCGUUGGCUGGAAACACAGACGCUGCCGAGAAGGCAAACACUUACCAACCUCCUACGGCUGCCACCACCACCACCACAGAAGGACAACUCCCAGACAGACAGUGGAUGAGGCAGUCUUUCACUGAUCAUAUUAGACAUGGGUGGCUCUAAAGAACCACAGGCAUGGGUGGGCAACGUAUAAGAAAGGGUAAAUGGCUCCUAACGAGCCCUAUCUAUUCGUGCACAGACCUCAGAGCCGCACAUCCUUUACCCUCCCUUCAACAAGAAGCUGCACCUCUGUCUGAAGACAGAAAUGAUCGUUUUUAGUGUUUUGUAUUUUUAUUUUUUUGCCAUUUUGGAAUAAACACUUGACUAGUU